AUGAAUAAAGAUAGCAAAUCCUCUGCGGAGAACUAUAGCCUUUCUCUAGAAGAGCAGGCUGCAUUUCUCUCUAUGGUGAUGGUGUUGCGAGACCAAGUACCCAGUACUUCCAAGCAGACGCAAAAAGAAGACACCCGCCGUGAGAAGCCUAGCGAGUCCUUCUGUAUUGAAAUCCCAGAUGUUGGUGCAGAGUGCGCAGAAGACCCUGUGUUUUUGAGUUCAAAUAAAUUUGUAAACGAUAAUGAGCCUGCUAGGUAUUCUAACACUCGCACGAGCCUUUUCUUGCAGAAGUUCAACUUCUAUCUGAAUUUUGCCUUUUUUCCCAUAGAGGCAUUCUUUUCUAUGUUCUGCUGUCUGGCCAUGGCGCUGAUUUUAACGUCCACACCGCAGGUGUAUUAUACGACACAGGACGGUAGAACAGCGGCCCUCCUCACUUUUAAUUCCUUUUACAUGCUGGCCCCUAUUUUCUGCCUGCUGGCUGGUGUUUCUAUGCACGCGAUUGCCAUCUUCCCCGGUGUGUACUGGAUGUCAAGAACUAUUUGCUUUUUCAGACGGAUCUCUGGCUGCUGCAGCCGUGUUCUUGCUGCUUUUAUGCUUUUGCUGCUGGGCACUUUUUUGUUCGAGUCUAUUUGUCUUUACACGGCUGGGUACACGUAUUUUGUGGUGUUUUGGGCUGUAUGCAAGAUAUGCAGUGUUAUUCUAUACCUGCUGGCCAUAUUCUGUAUACAGCCUAGGAUACCCCCCAGAAUCAGUCUGUUUGGCAUCCAUGAGUCGCGCCUCACCAAAGUCUGUUUUGCACUCUACUGUGUUUACAGCAUUAUUCUAGCUGCUAUGAGUGCUGCAAUGAUUUUCUUAACCAUAGAUCGUGAUGAAGCUAUUGUUCUUCUGGUCAAGAGUAGAGGCUCAGAGUUUCUCUACUAG